CUGUUUUUAUUGUAUUAUCUCUCGUUGACAUGCCAAAAUGAAAAUGUUAAUAGAUUAGAGAAAAACACGACUUGCCGUAUAUAUUUUUAUAAAAUUUAAUAACAUUAAUUUUAAGUAGUUAUACAUAGUUACUAAUAAUGUAAAGUAUUGUGUUUGUUAACUUGACUAAAGCCGCAAUUGGUAUUAAUAACAACAACAACGACAACGCACCAACAUAUCUAUUGGACACAAGACACGUCGACAAGUUUUGUUAACACAGAUUAGAGUAAAAGAAGAUCAGUUGUAACUUCGAAGAUUAAGAAUAAUAAAUUUUUAAGAUUGAUUUAAAUACAAGAAGGCUGUUAAGUAAAAUACUGCACUACUUUGUGCAACAUGGCAGGUGGAAUACGUUUGACUAGCUUUCGGAGCGGACGCUUCUGUCGUUUAGCGCUGUGCUGUCUCGUUAUUUUGCCACUUCUAUAUUUAUUGGCCACAUGGAGUGAUAGUCACAAACGUGUACAAGGCGUUUACCAGGCCAAAUUUGGGGCUUUACGACAAAAUUAUCAAAGAUUAGAGGGAAGACCCAAAGAAGGACCUAGAAUAGUAGAAGGUCUUGGAAAUUUCGAGCCGAAAAAUGUUAAAAAACGUAUUGGUCCAGGUGAAAAUGGCGAUGCACAUAUACUUUCUGCCGAUAAGAAGAAUUUAGCUGACGAGACUGAAAUGGAAUAUGGCAUGAAUAUAGCUUGCUCUGAUGAGAUAUCUAUGCAUCGUUCAGUACGUGAUACACGUUUAGAUGAAUGUAAACAUUGGGAUUAUCCAUAUGAUUUACCAAAGACCAGCAUUAUAAUUGUCUUCCAUAAUGAAGGAUUCUCUGUACUUAUGCGUACCGUGCACUCUGUUAUUGAUCGUUCACCUAAACAUGUGUUACAUGAAAUUAUCUUAGUUGAUGAUUUUUCGGAUAAGAAAGAUCUUAAGGAAAAAUUAAAUGAAUAUAUCGAAAGUUUCCAUGGACUUGUCAAAUUAAUACGUAAUAAUGAACGUGAAGGUUUGAUAAGAACACGUUCCCGUGGUGCUGCAGAAGCAACAGGUGAAGUCAUUGUCUUCCUUGAUGCACAUUGUGAAGUGAACACAAAUUGGUUGCCACCACUUUUAGCUCCUAUAUACCGUGAUCGCACUGUUAUGACUGUUCCUAUUAUAGAUGGAAUUGAUUAUAAGAAUUUUGAAUAUCGUCCAGUUUAUGGCAGUGACAAUCACUUUAGAGGCAUUUUUGAAUGGGGUAUGCUUUACAAAGAGAACGAAGUACCUAAACGUGAAUUGAGACGACGCACACAUAAUUCAGAGCCAUAUCGUAGUCCUACGCAUGCUGGCGGUUUAUUUGCAAUAAAUCGUGAUUAUUUCUUAGAACUUGGUGCUUAUGAUUCUGGUUUAUUGGUUUGGGGAGGCGAAAAUUUCGAAUUAAGUUUUAAAAUAUGGCAAUGCGGUGGAAGUAUUGAAUGGGUGCCAUGUUCACGUGUGGGUCAUGUUUAUCGUGGUUUUAUGCCUUAUAAUUUUGGAAAGUUGGCGCAAAAGAAAAAAGGUCCACUUAUAACAAUUAAUUAUAAGCGAGUAAUUGAAACCUGGUUUGAUGAGACGCACAAAGAAUAUUUUUACACUCGUGAACCACUGGCACGUUAUUUAGAUAUGGGUGAUAUAAGCCAACAAUUAGAACUGAAAAAACGUCUCAAUUGCAAAUCAUUUCAAUGGUAUAUGGAUAAUGUUGCUUACGAUGUUUAUGAUAAAUUUCCGGCAUUACCGGCUAAUCUACAGUGGGGUGAAUUACGUUCUGUUGCUACAGAUAAUUGUCUCGAUUCAAUGGGUCACCAACCGCCAGCAAUAAUGGGUCUAUCACAUUGUCAUGGUGGUGGUAAUAAUCAGCUUAUACGUCUGAAUGCUGCUGGACAGAUGGGUGUAGGCGAACGUUGUGUGGAAGCCGAUCGUCAGGGUAUUAAAUUGGCAGUUUGCCGACUGGGUACUGUGGAUGGACCAUGGAAUUAUAAUGUAAAAAGCAAGCAUUUGCUGCAUCGUGUACAUAAGAAAUGCAUGGCACUGCAUCCAACUACACAGCAAUUAUUUUUGGCGCACUGUGAUGUUAAUGAUGGAUAUCAACAAUGGGUGUUUAAAGAAAUUAAACCAAGAUGGGGAAUUGGUGGUAAAAUGAUUUUCAAGAUAAAAUCUCGAAGAAAUGAAAAGUAUGAACAAAAUCAAUUACGUCCAAAAUUGACAAAUUCUACAAAACAAUUAAUUUAAUUGUUUUAGUAAUUUUAUUUAUUUUAUAUAUUUUUUAAAAAUAUUUGAUUUAAAUAACUAAAGUGCUUCAACAUUGCCAAUAUUUCAUAGAAACCAUAAUGUUUAGACUUCCAUUUUUAUUUAGGAAAAUUUAUUUAAAAAAUUGUAACAAGAAUUAUAACUAAUGUAUGUUGUACGAUUCGUUAAUUAUAUUUUUUACU